GUGGUGGUGGAUUAUCGGACGCUGAAAAACCGUGGAAAUGUCUCUCCUGCCGCCAUUGCUGUGUCACGUAUACACGAGUGUAAAAGGGUGUCGGCCUCCACCGAUGGAUUAUAAAAUGCCAGAAAGCUCGAGCCAGUGGUCGUGUAGCGAUGAUGAGAAAUGGAUCGUCAUGAGAGAGACUUGAUGGAUUACACCAAGGAGAUGAUGGAGAAAAAGAUUCUCCACUGGAAUUACCGAGGAAUAACGGAGCUCCCGAUAUCCCUGAGAGACAAAGGUACUGCAAUUGAGGAGUUAUACCUGAAGGAGAAUAAAAUAACUGUGAUACCUCCAUGGAUUUAUCAACUGACAAACCUAACAAACCUGUACUUGGCCGGAAAUAAAUUAAAAAAUCUCCCCGAGGAGUUCAGUGUGAUGGAGAGGCUAAAAGUCCUGGACUUGAGUGACAACGACCUCAAGGUCGUACCCGAGGGGUUGAAGAGACUCAAAACACUCAGGGAAUUGAUUCUCGAUGAUAAUUCGUUGUGUCAACUGCCAUUAGAUAUCGCGGAUUUUGAGGAGCUGGAGAAGCUAUCGUUAUGUGGAAAUAAUUUUGUCAGCCUCCCAGAGUGGCUGGGGUCGUUGAAUAAAUUGCAGAGACUCCUGGUGGAUAAUAAUUUCUUGGAGGAGCUGCCCAAUCGGUUGACACUAGCUCAAUCACUCGAGAUCGUUUCUGUUUGCUCCAACAGGUUGAAACAUUUACCCCUCAACUCCUUCGUCUCCCCGACGAUGAUCUACUUCAGCUGCAAUUCAAAUCUCAAUUACAUCAGCUACUCCUUGCUCUCUCAAUUCCUCGAGCUGGGGUGGAACGAUGGGAAGAGUUUUUUUCCCAGGAAUUUGAACAUCUCGGAGAUGAUGUCCAAUCGUGUCCUUCAACUCAGCGUUGAUUUGUCGAUGGAAAAAGAGAAUUUCAAUGGAACAGCAGUUGUUAGAUUACCCAGACAAUUGAUCAGAGUCUUCAGGAUGGAGAACAGAGAGCCGCCGUCCCUGUGGGAGCUGUCCUUGAGAUGUUUAUUCUCAAACAACUACGAAAAUUAUCUCAACAUCUCCAUCUGCCCCAAGCCAGACAUGUUCCACAGUCUAUUGUUCAACGGUCCAUUAUGCAUUUGUUUAAACAAUCAGUGCCACCAGCCAAUGUUUACAGAGGCAUGGGCAGCUGUUGGCACCAGCGAAGAGAUUUCCCUCCUGAUUGUUCUCCUCUUCUGCUCCCAGAGAUGCAGCCAGACAUUCGACUUCCUAUCCCAUGGGAUCAAAGUCCUUCCCUGGCGCUAAUAUUUAUUUAUCAAAGCCAGAGUGAGAGAAGAAAUAUUGUAAUUAUUCCAGAGCUCAGAGACAUAUUUUCCUAGUUACUAUUUUCAAUGAAGAAUUAUAAAACUAGUUUUAAAUGCAUAGAUUGUUGAUUUUUUGAUGUUUAGGAAUUUAUUUAUAUACAAGAUUGUCACCAAAAUGUACAAAUGCAAAGCGAUAUUAUCGAUUCAGCCUUAGAGACUAAUGAACUUAUGUAUUUUAUUGAAAUUGUUGAGGAAAUCAUUGCCCUUCCACGUUGAAUCAAUAAAUUAUAACGAAAUGGAA